GACCCAAAAGCCAAACCCAAAACAAUCACUUCACACUCCCUUGCAAAAACAUAGUACAACACUAACCCAUCACAAAUGGUUAGUAAAGCAGCAGUUCUCUCUCUUUUUCUCCUCCUCUUUUCCUCAAUUUCAGGUGGAACUUCGGAAUUGGUAGAUGAAGAACAUCCGAAAACUUGGUGUGUGGCCAAGCCACUCGCGAACAAGGAGACUCUUGAGGCGAACCUCGAUUACGCAUGCUCUCAGGUUGACUGCAAGUUUCUGGAAAAGAGUUGCCCCUGUGCCUCCCCAGAUAAUCUCAUCAACCAUGCUUCAUUAGCAAUGAACCUCUACUAUCAGUGCAAGGGGAGGAACAAAUGGAACUGUGAUUUCAAGGAAUCUGCUCUCCUUACCACGACUGAUCCAAGUUCUAGCGACUGCAUCUAUAUCUAUGAAGAGAAGUAGUGAGAGGAGCUGUAUAAGCAGUUAAAGGGUUGUGAUGUGGUUUAACUUACAGCUUGUAAUUUUCUAAAGUUGCAUUGUAAGAGGAUUCAGAAGGUCAAGCGACAGGGACGUUGAUUGCCAGUUGAAUAUCCUUGUCCUUGACAGAAUAUCCUUGUUUGAGAUGUGUAGCAUUGCACAUAUACAAUAUAACUCUUUCUCUGAGUGCUAUAUAUAGUUGUAUCAUGGAUGCACUUUUGUUUUA